UUCUUCUUGCCACAUACACUCACACACGCACGCAUAAUAGAUUAUUUGUAUAAAAAGUUAUUGCGAAAAGAUAAGUGUAGCAACGUAUUCUUUUUUAGUUUGCACCUUAAGCAAUCGCCACCCACAAGCAUACUCAGGAGCUUGUAAAUGACAAGCAAAACAAACUGAUUGAAUGAGAUUCCAAUAGGACGCAUAGUGCGAAAAAAAAAUAACGCACUGGCACGCUCACAACGAGUGCGUCCUUGCCUUGCCGAGAUAUGGACAUGACGGCCAGGGUACGGCAUGAUGAACAUUUACCAUGCAGAUGUGUAGCGUGUAGAGUUGCCGAAGAGGAGGCAAUUGCUCUGUCCUAUCGACAUGUCGGACCACCACCCCCUCACAGUCCAGAAAUGGCAAACUUUCUGGCGCACCAGCAACAUCUACAGCAUCAGCAGCAGCAACAGCAACAGGGGCAGGCGCAAGGACCUAUAAUGUGGCCAUCACCACCACAGCCACCGCACAUGGGAGUGCAAUAUCCGCAACGCCACGUUCCUCAGCAUGCCCAUCAUCAUCCGCAUCCACAACAUGCUCAUCAGCCUCAAGUGCCACCACCGCAAUCACCGCCAAAUUCGAAUGUUUUCAACGAAUACGUGGCCUACACAGCUGCGCCUGGUCAACCCGAAACAUACUCUGUGCUGCCUGUCGGUCAUGGCAAUUUUCUCAAAGUCUAUCACUGUCCGGAGAACACUGUCAACGAUGUUUUCGCUCAGCAAACUGCCGCCGCCGCCGCCAACUUUUCUCAUAUCAACAUGACGCCACUGAACCACCAACAUCCGCAACAUAAGCACCCCAACUCACAUCACCAAGCAAAUGCUGCAGCUGCUCAACAACAACAGCAAGUUCAGGUGCAAUUACAGACGCAGGCAACACCAGCGCAGCAGCAAACGCCUCCAAUGCCAACACAGCUUUACGAGCUCUUUGCCACCAACCCAUUGCUGCCUAAGCCCGAUGUGCAUAUAGCCACGCAGCUGCAACCAUCAGCACAGCAGCAGCAACAGUCGCAGCCGCAAUGUCAAUACUUAGACGAGGCUGCUGUGAACGUGGCUACUGACGCUCAAGUCUCAACAGCAACGGUUGCUGCGCCAAGCAAUAAUGCCAAUGUUUUUAUCAAUAAUCUUGUAAGCAAUUGGUCGCCCAAUUUAACAGGCGGCAGUUACAUACAAUUUACUGGCGAUGGAUCUGAGACGGUACAGGUCUACACGGAUGACUCCAGUUUGACAGCAGCCACAUCGCCGCAGAUGCCAGCAACUGUUCCAACAGCCGCAGCACAACCAAUUUCACCUGUUAAGCUGCAGGCAGAGUAUGCGACGCCAAAAAUUGAGCAGGCAGCAAACUGUAAUGAAACAAUAGAAGCAACAACAAAACGAACAGUAGCGCCCACACCAACAGCAACAUCAACAGCAACGGUUACUGCCAUGAAGAAGGCGCCCAUUGUGGUGCCAGGUCAGCCCGAGGGCAAGAAACGCAUUGUGGCCGAGGUUAAACCAAUGCCGCUGUCCUACUCGGAUGUUUUGAGCAAGGGCAGCUUGCUGCGUCCGCCUAACGCUACGCUAUCCAAUGGCAACUUGGGUGAGGCACGUGCAGCAAACACGGAAAAUGGGCAUGGCACGCAUGGGCAGCGACGACACGGCAAGGAUGAUGUCAAUGGCAAUGGAGCUGCUAACAAUAGUCGUGAAAUGCGUGCGAAUGUCAAGCGCUCACCGUUGCAUGAGCCCAAGGAUAUGCCAAGCAAUAACGCUGGACAACGCUCUAAGAAACGUUCAACAAUGACGCAAAAGCCACAACAACUGACACAACCAAUGCAGCAGCAGCAAGCAGCGCAGCAGCAAACAGCGCAGCAGCAGCAACAGCAACAGCAACAACCGCAAGUGACUUUAAAGAGCACGAAGCCCAUGCAGGAGAAGAAACGUUCGGCACAGCUUAAGCUUAACAAUAGCAAUGGCAAUGCCAAUGGCAGUAGCAACAGCUCGAGCAACAAUCUAAGCGGCUACGCCAAGACAAUCGAUAACAAGACAAACAACAAUGCUGCUGGCAACAACAGCAGCAGCAGCGGCAACAGCAGCAGCAGUAGCAGCCAAAAUUAUGCAAAUCGUAAGGCUGGCAACAACCGUAACAGUUCCAACUCCAAUAACUACUACUCGAAUGCCAACAACACGGCUGGCAAUCAUCACAACAAUGGCAGCAGCAGUAAUGUCAACUCAACAGGUUCAUCAUCGAAGCGCUAUGCCACUGCAACAAAUACGAAUUUAAACUCUAAUGCCGGCUCCUAUUCGUAUUCCUCGAAACGUAAUCGCAGCGUUGGCUAUGCCUCAUCGAAUUCACCAUCGCAUGCCAGCCUUGCCUCGAAUCGCAACUACGAGUUGGCCAAGCGCAUUUUGCACACUUGGUGGAUAUAUACGCUAAAGCUGCUCACCUGGCUCUUCUAUUUGGUAUACGAUAUUGUUGUGCUUGGCUGCAGCAUGGCCUAUGAACGUCUGACAGCAGCUUAUGUGGCCGGUGUGGCUUAUGCGCGUCAAUUGCACAAGGAGCUGCGGCAGAAUUCGGGCAAGCCAAGCAUUUGGUGGCGCAACUAUUGGCGUAGAUUCGAUGCACGUUUCAAGAAGAACUCGAAAUGGGCGUUCUGGCGACGUUUCUACAAGCGCAAGCAGCCCGAAGCUAGCUCCGAAUCCUUUAAAACAGGCAGACUGCCACAAACAGGCGAAGAGGCCAUGUACUCGCUGCUUAACUGCAAGGGCAAGGAUGCCUACAGCAUAUUAGGCGUGCCGCCAGACAGUUCGCAGGAGCAGAUACGUAAGCACUAUAAGAAAAUUGCUGUGCUUGUGCAUCCAGACAAGAACAAGCAGGCGGGCGCUGAGGAGGCAUUCAAGGUGUUGCAGCGUGCUUUUGAAUUGAUUGGUGAACCGGAAAAUCGUCUUGCCUAUGACCAAAGCAUUGCCGAAACGUUGCACGCGGAGAAGGCAUGGACGGAAUUACACGAUUUGCUAUCGCAGUUGCAAACCAAAAUGACCGAGGCGGCCAAUACUAUAAGAUGCAGCACAUGUGCACAGCGACAUCCCAGAAAGCUAACCGAACGUCCACACUAUGCGGCGCGUGAGUGCGCUUCGUGCAAAAUACGCCACUCGGCAAAAGAUGGCGACAUAUGGGCAGAGACUAGUUUCUUGGGCUUGCGCUGGAAGUACUUGGCGCUUAUGGAUGGCAAAGUGUACGACAUUACCGAGUGGGCAAACUGUCAAAAGGGCGCGCUGGCGCAUUUGGAGCCUAAUUCGCAUAUGGUGCAAUAUCGCAUUGUGCGUGGUGCACAGCAGCAACAACAGACGCAGGAGCAACAGCGGCAGUACCAGCAACAACAUACGCCACAUACACAUCCAGAGCUGUCGCAACAACAUGGACAUCAUGCUGGCGUACCUGGUAGCGGUGUUAGCGAGGCAACUCUGCACGAGUUUCUGGACAAUUUGUACAGCGGGCAGCAUCCGAGCGCUUCGAAUGCCACGCCCUUUGCAGGCAAUACACGUCGUCGCACGCGCCGCAACUGAACAAGUUGAUUUUAAAAUCUCUUAUACCAGAUGUAAUAGCUGCUUACCUUCCCCAUUGUAGUUGAACGCUCGCUGAGACAAGCAACACGCGCUAGAAGCAACAACUUCUCAACUUCUACUACUUUUGUAAUUUUCUUUGUACUUGUCAUAACUAAACAUAAAUUCAGAUUAUUGCCUAUCACUUAAGUAAUUUACAUACAUACAAUAUAUAUUAUGUAUAUUCGAUUAUAAAGUUUCUGCAAACCGUUCAUGGACAGCUUAGCACGCUUAGGUUAGAUUUAAGUUGCAAUUGUAAAUCCAUCCGAGUCUUAUGCUCAAUUGCAACCGAAACAACAUAUAAAUAAAAUCUAUAUACUAGACAGCAA